GUGUCAAUAAGAAAAGCCAACUUCUGGAAAAACAGCUGGUACCAAGCCCACAAAAUAACCAGGCUGGCUCCUCAUCACACUCCGUGUUCGCGUUUCUUCAGAAACUGCCAACUCCCAUAUAACUCAUUACUCUCAUUUUAGUAUCAUAUACUAUAUAAAACCAACGCAUUUUCCCUUUUUUUUGCAACCAAAUAUAACACUUUCGCACUCGCUGAUCCCUUAAACCAGUCCUUAUCACCUUAUAUAUCUUUUUUUAAAGAAAGAAAAUGGAUGUUUUCUCUCACUACCCUGACCCACUCUCUUUUGCCAAUCAUUCUAGUUCACUUGACUUGCCAGAUUCUUCUUCUUUAUCUGAUCACGGUUGCAGUGCUCCUCGGGCUAGCCUUUCUGACGAAGAAGUCCUGUUAGCUUCCAGCUAUCCCAAGAAGCGGGCAGGCCGAAAGAAGUUCCGGGAGACUCGUCAUCCUGUUUAUCGUGGGGUCCGUCGGAGGAACUCUGGGAAGUGGGUUUGUGAAGUCAGAGAACCGAACAAAAAAUCAAGAAUAUGGUUGGGAACUUUUCCCACGGCGGAAAUGGCUGCUCGGGCCCACGACGUGGCGGCGUUGGCUCUUAGAGGACGGUCUGCAUGCUUGAAUUUUGCGGACUCAUCAUGGCGGCUUCCUGUACCUGCAUCCACUGAUGCAAAGGACAUUCAGAAGGCAGCAGCAGAGGCGGCGAUGGCGUUCCAGCCGGUAGGGACAGAAGGAUUUUCUGAAGAAAUAAAGCGGGAAAAUAAAAAGACGACAGGGGAAGAGUCCGAGGAUGUGUUUUAUAUGGACGAAGAGGCGAUUUUCGGAAUGCCUGGAUUGCUGGCAUACAUGGCAGAAGGAAUGCUGUUGCCUCCACCUCAAUGCGUUGAAGAGUCUGGAGAGGACAAAGAAAUGACUGCAGCUGAUAUGUCAUUAUGGAGUUUUUCAAUAUGAUUUACUAAAAAAAAAUAAAAAAUUGAGUGUUGUAAUAGGUAGUUAUAUAUAUAAGAUAGGAGUAAAAGGUUCAAUGCUCUGCACCCGCAGGCUUACCCCUGCUGUUAGGUGCAUCUCCAGCCUAGGGUAAAGAUUCUAGGUUUGAGUAUCUUUACCAAUAAAUAUGAAAAACGGCAAGAAAACAUCUCUCCGUACAUAAUAUUUUUGACUAGUACGGUAAGAAGAUUGGAAGGCUGCUGAAUGAUGUUAUCUUUUAAGUUUAGCGUAUGGCAUUUAUUGAUGUGAGCAUCAUAUGCCAUUAGUAGUAAUAUAAUUAUUCCCACUGGUAAUUGUUUGUACUUUGCAGGCAAUUAUGAGCCGUGCAUUGAUGUGGAUGCUUUCCGUGUGUACGUUUGUAUUAUCCAAUGUAUAUACUCUUAUAAAUAUCUAUGCAACUCUUCUCUUGGUUCGAAACUAAUUCAAC